AUGCCGCGGCCGGGGAAGAGCUCGUACAGCGACCAAAAGCCGCCCUACUCGUACAUCUCGCUGACCGCCAUGGCCAUCCAGCACUCCGCCGAGAAGAUGCUGCCGCUGAGCGACAUCUACAAGUUCAUCAUGGAGCGCUUCCCCUACUACCGCGAGCACACGCAGCGUUGGCAGAACAGCCUGCGCCACAACCUCUCCUUCAACGACUGCUUCAUCAAGAUCCCGCGGCGGCCGGACCAGCCCGGCAAGGGCAGCUUCUGGGCGCUGCAUCCCGACUGCGGCGACAUGUUCGAGAACGGCAGCUUCCUGCGGCGCCGAAAGCGCUUCAAGGUGCUGCGCGCCGAACACACUCACCUGCACGCGGGAAGCACCAAGGGCGCGCCGGGCGCCGGGGCCGGAGGGCACCUUCACCCGCACCACCCGCACCACCCGCACCACCACCACCACCACCACCACCACCACGCGGCCGCGCACCACCACCAUCACCACCACCCGCCCCAGCCGCCGCCCCCGCCGCCGCCGCACAUGGUGCAUUACUUCCAUCAGCAGCCGCCUCCAGCCCCGCAGCCGCCGCCGCACCUCUCGUCGCAGCCCGCGCAGCAGCCGCCCCAGCAGUCGCAGCCCCAGCCGCCGUCCCACCCGGGCAAGAUGCAGGAGGCGGCGGCGGUGGCGGCGGCCGCGGCCGCGUCCACGUCGGGCUUCAAGCACCCGUUCGCCAUCGAGAACAUCAUCAGCCGGGACUACAAGGGCGUGCUGCAGGCCGGCGGGCUGCCCUUGGCGUCGGUCAUGCACCACCUGGGGUACCCCGUGCCGGGUCAGCUCGGCAACGUCGUCAGCUCCGUGUGGCCGCACGUGGGCGUCAUGGAUUCGGUGGCCGCGGCCGCCGCCGCCGCCGCCGCCGCGGGGGUCCCCGUGGGCCCGGAGUACGGGGCCUUCGGGGUGCCGGUCAAGGCCCUGUGCCAUUCGGCAAGCCAGAGCCUGCCUGCCGUGCCGGUGCCCAUCAAGCCCACCCCCUCGCUGCCGCCGGUGGCCGCGCUGCCUCCGACGCUCACUGUCCCCGCGGCCGCGCAGCAGCCGCCGGCGCCGUCCACCGUGUGCCCCGCGGCUGCGGCCUCUCCCGCUGCCUCCCUGCUGGAGCCCACGGCCCCGAGUGCGGCAGAGAGCAAGGGCAGCUCCCUGCACUCGGUGCUGGUGCACUCCUAG